GGACAACACGCCAUAUCGAGCUGCAGCAACACCUUACCCAUCGGAAAUGAAGACGCGCAGGACCGGCAUGCGUCCGAACCGAGCCAUGUCGUCCAGCGACUCGGACGACGACUCGGAUGACGAGGAGAUAGGGAAGCAUCGACACACACAAGGCCAUCCAAGCUCCCUCGCUCCUCGAGGCACCAUUCCCGACAAUCCGUUGGUGCGUCCGUCAUCAUCACGCCAUCCGCGUGCGCCUCCGUCAAAGACUCGACGGUCUCUCUACUUUCAAAUCGUCAUGGCGCUUGCGGCGAUCGGAUGCUUCAUACUGGGUGUGUUCGUCAAAUAUCGCAACCUCAGCUCCGGCAUCAUUUGGGGCUCGGUCCUAUCGGCGUUGUCCGUCGUGACGGUGCUGCUGUCGUACGCAAGCGAUCCGCUCAGUCGACAGCAUCCAAACCCGUUGGUAUUCUGGCGCACGAUCGCCGACGGGUUCUUUGUCGUACGACUGCUCUCGGAACAAUUCGUGCGAUGCAUGAAGUACCAAUGCUCUCCGCUGUGCGCGACAUUCAACUGUGGAUGCGCGUACACGAGCGACGCCAUCAUGGGUCUCCUGCCCGCCGGCAAGGACACAUGCAUCUUCUUUUCAGGCGCGUUUCAGUUUUCGUUGCUCGCGUCAGAAUGCUGGUUCCUCUGCAUGACGCUCAACCUGUUCUUGUCCUUGACCAACCCGUUCACCGACUUUAAGCGCAACACGCGCUUCUUCCAUCUCUUCUCGUGGGGCGUGCCGCUUGCGAGCGCGAUCCUGCUCAUGAGCGUCAAAAACUUUGCCGGGUACUCGGACUUCGACACGUGCUGGACGAAUGCGCUCCGGGGCGCGACCUUCCCGCGCCUAACCGACACGUGCGUCAACGAGAGCCGCACGUUCAUCUUGAAGGACAAGACGGGGUCCCUGCAAGCCAACUACAUCAGCUGGGGCUUCUUCUACGUCCCGAUGCUCCUCUUCAUCGUCGUGGGGCUCGUCGUGUGGGUCUGGACAUACAACCGUCUCCGCGAAGGACUCCCCGAGACGUACGGCGUCCGCAAGCAGUCGAUCGACCGCGCGCGCUUCCUCGUCGUCGCCGUGUCGACGUACUGGACCAUUAUCUUUGCCGUGUAUGCGACGUCCUUGAGCCUUCCCGACGGCGACACAAAGCAGAGGUGGAAGGAAGUCGUGAACUUUCUCAUGGCGUCCAAGGGAUACGUGGACUUGGUGAUCUGGUUCCACCUGAAUGACUUCCGCGUGCCCAAACUCUCGGCGCUGUGCUCCAAGAGCGACCAGACCGUCGACAUUGACUUGAACCCGCAAGUGAACGCCGCGUUGCGCCGAGAGGUGCUGUUCUACACCACAUCUGGGAUCAUCCAGGCGGUGCAGCAGGCCGAGACACUGCCGGACCACGAGCACGUGCAGCAUCUGGCGUUACGACCGCAGGGUGCCUCUUCCUCCCCAAACGACGACGACUCGUCGGCCAAGCACUACACGAAAACUUUCCACGACUACGAACCGCACGCGUUCCGGCGCAUCCGUCAACGGUUCAACGUCGACAACAUCCGGUACCUCAAGUCUCUGUCGUCGACGGCCAAGGAGCGGCUGUCCGAGGGCGCGAGCGGCGCGUUCAUGUUCUUCUCUGGGGACGGGUCGUUGAUUGUCAAGAGCACGUCCGCGGACGAAUGCAAGUUUUUGCGCGAAAUUGCCGACGCGUACGCCACGUACAUGUGCCAGCACCCGUCGACGCUGCUCACGCGGUUCUACGGGUGUCACUGCCUCGAACUGUACGGCCAGCAGUUUUCAUUUGUCGUGAUGGCCAACUUGUUUGCAACGCCCCAGGUCAUCCACACCCGAUUUGACAUCAAGGGAUCAUGGGUGAACCGAAAGGGCGGUCUGCCGAAGCGCGGGAAGAAGGUCACGUGCCGUCACUGCAACCGCAAGUACGUGUACCAGAGCACGGCCAAGGACGACUUCAACUGCGACGUGCGCCUCGGCGGCCACGAGCCCAAUGUUGUGCUCAAGGACAGCGACUUGACCCAGAAGCUCAAGCUCGACACGGCCGUGGCCGUCGCGCUGUAUCGGCAGCUCGAAGCCGACUCGGACGUGUUGUGUGGCUUGGGUAUCAUGGACUACUCGCUGCUAUUGGGGGUCCAUGAUGUCGAGUUCAAGGUGGAUGCUGCUGCUGCUGCCGAAGAAGAGGAAGCGAUGUUGGCGAUGUCGGCUAGGCCGAGACCGCGCGCCGGUAAGCGCGUGGCCAACACGGUCGUGGGGCCGGCGUACUACCACUUGGGUGUGAUCGACAUCUUGCAGACAUGGACGUUGCAGAAACGCAUGGAGCGCUUUUUCAAGAUCAACCUCCGCCGCGUCGACGGCGACGGCCUGUCGGCGAUUGCCCCCGACAAGUACAAGAAGCGCUUCCAGGCCAAGAUGGCCGAGAUUCUCAAUGUUGGCCACUUGAUUGGCACCGCGCCGCAACAGCGAGACCUGUACACGGCGGUACAGAGCUCCCAGAUGGACGUUGAGGCGUCCGAAGUCAGCGGCGUCGUCACGGACGUGCAUGGCGGGAGUGGGUACCUCGCGCAUACAGGCGCCAACCCCCGCGGCGAAGGGUACACGUCCGGCCAUAUUCACUUGUAACGAUAGGGAUAUGUAUACACACCGAAAUGUGUUCAUGUGUGUGUGUGUGAUGGAAAUUUGGGACCUGU